AUGAGCUCUAUGAGCUCUCAGGCCUCCGCAUCCAGGUUUGCUGAUGUGACAUCCAUCCUUGACCAUCACAAUGCACAGGCAGCACUGACACAAACAGUGACAAUGGCCGCUACACUUGUGGCAACACUGGUAACAGCAUCAGUCCAAGUUGCAAUGAUGCUGCCUGUGUUAGAUUAUGGGUACCCAGGAGGCAGAUGCAUAAUGACAAAUGCCCAACUCUCUGUGGAAGUGACUAAACCUGGGUGCCAGAAGCGCCUUGGUAAGCAUAUCUGCCAUCAUCUUAUUAGUGGGGCACCAGAAUAG